UCCGAGCCUGGCUCGCAGCGCCGUGAGGGGCGAGUCCCAGCCUGCAGGCAGCGGGCCCAGGAAGGGCUCGCCCCGGCCGGCCGGGCGGUGAGUGGGGGCGCCGGGGAGACGCCGAGGCAGGAAAUCGCUGCCUGGGGAAGUGUUCGCAGCGCCGGGGGGAUCGGAGCUGAAACGCGGCUGGUACCGGAGAGACCCCUCUACCCCCCAGCCAGCUCUGGAGCAGCGCGGGGGGGUCUGUGCAGCUGAGCCUAGCAGGGUCCCCCCCCCCCCGAGCCAGAUCGGAGGCGGGUUUCUAGCUCAGCUGUGCGGUGUUUUCUUCCUGUCCCGAAGGUGGGAACAAAGGAUCAGGGAAUCCCCAUCAGGCCGGGACUUGGAGACCAGAGCUGCACAGGCCACUCGCGGGGAGACCCCAAAGCCCUGAGCAGGGAGAGACACCAGCCUGAAUCAGGGCGGGGCUGGUUGACAGCAGAGAGACCCCCUCAUUCCAGUGUAAAGACGACCCCACCCUCAUGGAAGAAAAACCCCAUAAAUGUUCAGACUGCAGGAAAAGCUUUAAGCAGAGCUCGACCCUAAGGAGGCACCAGCGAACCCACACGGGGGAGCGACCCUACAAAUGCCUCCAGUGUGGGAAGAGCUUUGCGGACAGCUGUAAGCUCCUUCGCCAUCAGAGGAGCCACACCGGGGAGCGACCCUAUGGGUGUGAGUGCGGGAAAAGCUUUGCUGACAGCGCCAAGCUCCUAGACCACAAGCGAACCCACACAGGAGAGCGACCCUACAAAUGCCUGCAGUGUGGUAAGAGUUUUGCCGACAGUUCCAGCCUCCUUCGCCAUCAGAGGAGCCACACGGGGGAGCGACCCUGCAUGUGUGCCCAGUGCGGGAAGAGCUUUGCCGACCCCUCCAACCUCCAUCGCCAUCAGAGGAGCCACACGGGGGAGCGACCCUACACGUGUGCCCAGUGCGGGAAGAGCUUUGGGCAAAACUCAAGCCUGAUGAAGCACUGCAGGGCCCACACAGGCGAGAAACCCUACAGGUGUGAUGAAUGCGGGAAGAGCUUCGCUCAGACCUCCAACCUCCUGGAGCAUCAGAGGAUCCACACGGGCGUGAAACCCUACAAAUGCCCUGUCUGCGGGAAAGUGUUCUGCCACAGCUCCUCGCUGACAGGCCAUCGGAGGAUCCAUACUGGUGAGUGACCCUACAAAUGUGUCAUCUGCGGGAAGAGCUUCAGCCAGAGGUCCAACCACACCCAGCAUCAGCGGACCCACACGGGGGAGCGACCCUUUAGAUGCGAUGAAUGUGGGAAGAGCUUCAGUGUUCGCUCCAGGCUUAUUAUGCACCAGAGGAUCCACACAGGGGAGUGACCCUGUAAAUGUCCCAACUAUGGGAAGCGCUUUAGUGACUGGCCAAAUUUCAUAAGACAUCUGAAGACACAUACCCAGGAUGGGCCUGAGACAUAAAUUUGAAAGAAAGCUUAAUUUGGAGCUCAGACCUUGGUGGCGAGAGCAGGGGUCUUGGAUUAUUAUCAGGACUCCUGGGUUCUAUUCCCAGUUCUAGGAAGGGAGUGGGGUCUAAUGGGAUAGAACAGCAGUAGGGAUGAACGUCGGGACUCCUGGGUUUUAUUCCCUGCACCUGGAGAGAAGUGGGGUCUAGUGUGUUAAAACAGGGGGCCGGGAGUCAAGACACCUGGAUUCUAUUCCCUGUUGUGGGAGUGGGAUCUAGUGGGUUAGAGGAGGUGCUGGGAGUCAGGAUGGCUGGGUUCCGUUUCCAGCUCUGGGAGGAUGUGGGGUCUACUGGUUGGAGUGGGGAGGGCAUUUCAUUACUGUCCUAACCUUUUUGUUUUAUAAACACCAUUGCUGGGAUACCUAUGAGCCCCAAUGUCAUGUGGCCAUUGAAAAGGCAAACACAAGCCCAGGAUGUAUCAGGCAAGAUACUUCCAGUAGCAGUUGGGGAGGGGGUGAGGAUAGUUCAGUGGUUUGAGCAUUGGGCUGCUAAGUACAGGGUUAUGAGUUCAG